AUUGCAAAAGAUUUUAUUAAACAAAUUUCAACAAGAUAUGCUUUCUCAAUACCUUUACCACCACAUUAUAUGAUCGUAAAUCCUACAAAAAAACCAGAUUUACCACAAAACCUCCGUCAAAUUAAAGAUUUCAAUUUGACUACCCCAAUUACUUCAGCAAGACAAUUAGUAUACAUAGCCAAACUUUUGCAGCCCUAUUAUUUCUUUAACAGAAUACUAGACUCAUGGAUUGAAAUACAGAAAAAUAAAGAUCAUACAGCUACACGAACACCAGAAAGUAAAGAAAAGACAAAAAUAACAAUACCCAAAACAUUAGAAGCAACUCAGAAAUAUUUAGAAUCAAUCGACUCAACACAAGACCAA